AUGGGAACCCUUUUGGUAGCCAACAUGGCUCCAGAAGGACUGGACGUCUCUGACCAGAAGCUCCAUCCAUUCUUCGUCCCAGGGAAGAUUACCGAACCUCUGAAGCCCGAUUUAGCUGUGGACGACCAGCCUCAAAUUCCUGACCAACACAUCUCGAACAACGAAGCGACAUCGUCACGGAAGCAGACUCGCGCACCCCAGCAGCCGUCAAACGACGCUGAACCGCCAUCGUCGGACAUUGGCGAGGAUGAACACGGCCGCAAGAGGCAGAAGACAGGGGCUGGCAACCCUCCGAGCUCUGGGAAGAAGAGAGGACGACCCAGGAAGAAGCAGCCCGCUCCGACGGUUGCGAUCGCCAACCACUUCUCUCAAACCAACGGCGCGCCUGUCACCGGAACUCCACCUACAACUCUCCCUGCGCCAUCGUCUGCCGAUGGGGCGGUUGAUCUGCCACAGACUCAGGCGACAGCCUCGGGACUAAAUCCCGAGGGACCUUCAAACACAGCACAAAACAUUGCUCAGAAUGCUGGAAAGGCCGAACCGCCAAAGCCUACGAAGGUGUUGAAGUUCAAUCCCAAGACCGGUACUAUUGGAUCACCGCCGAAGCCGAAGCCGGGCUCUGCAGAGACGACGAAAACCGCAAAGUCUUCCAAAUCGCCGGCCAAGCCAUCGCGCAUUGUAACAAUGAAGUAUGGGCCCAACCAGGAGGCGCGCGAACGAAUAGGCUCCAAGAUCGACCAGAUUCUUGCCUCUCACCCGCAGGUCAAGACAGGCCCGGUAAACACUACACCUCGAAAGUCUCGUGCCAAAGCCCCCAAGGCAGAUCAAGACAAAUCGAAGCCGAACAUCACGCAUCCUCUGUUUCUCGGCAAGUCGAAGGCGGUUAUCAAGUCAGCAGACGCGCCUUCUGCCGCUCUGAAACAACCUCGGGCCACUAUCUUCUCUUCAACACCUUGCUCCCCCAAAAAGCAAAGGUCGGCCCUGAAGGCUGGCAACGUUCAACUGCCGCAAUUCGGCGUCCGGUCUAUGGGACUCAGAGUUCCAGGAGCAUGUCACCCGGCGUGGCCAGCCCAGGGAACUGCACACGUUAGGGGUUUGUCGCCCGGCGAAGAAUGCCUGUCAGCAAGGCAACAAGCCGGUUUCGCAUCUAGGAAGUCAAAGGGGCAAACAACAAACGUCUUCCCGGGUGAAUCUGUCGUAGACCAAAUCGCCAAGUCCUUAGACACCCUUUCCCUCGCUAAGUCAAUCCAAGAGACCACUGACGACUAUGUGCCGCCUCCACCUUCCGAGCUCCGCCUUCCCGAAAAGCACUUUGAAAGUGGCCGCAAGCUCCGACAGAGAAUCAGGCCUGAACUGCGGACUCCCCUGCCGCUCAUCUCGAGCCAGGAUAGUGAUGAUGAACUGCUCACGGCAUCCACCCGCAAGCCUCAUCCGGCAGUUACCCGUUUGUACAACUUGCUCGAAACCAACCUAUCAGCUCAUGAUAGAUCCCAAUGCGAGGAGCUUCCCUGGGCCCAGAAGUACGCGCCGGUCUGCGCAGACGAGCUUCUUCAGAGCGGCCAGGAAGGCUUGUUGUUGAAGGAGUGGUUACAGAGUCUCAAGGUUCAGUCCAUUGAUACUGGCGGUCCAAUCGCAGACCAUAAGUCGGGGUCCAAACCUGGCUCUGCGACGAAAAAGAAGAGGAAGCGCAACAAGCUGGAUGGGUUCGUCGUCUCAAGUGGCGACGAAGCCGAGUUUCUGCCCGCUGCUUCUGACGAUGAGGAUGACUGGCUGCCGACGCCUAUUCACGGCAGUACGAAGAAAACCGUGGUUCGCAGGGACAUUGGAAAGGAUGCGAGCCGGCUCACCAACGCAGUAGUUCUCAGUGGACCUCACGGCUGUGGCAAGACGGCGGCGGUGUACGCCGUUGCAAAGGAGCUCGGCUUCGAGAUUUUCGAAAUCAACGCCAGCAGUCGCCGCAACGGCAAGGAUGUCAUGGAGAAGGUCGGAGACAUGACACAAAACCAUCUUGUUCAACGGCAUCGUCAGAGCGGCCAGGCUGACGUUGGAGACAACGCUGACGACGGCACAGCGAACGACAUCAAAUCCGGCAAGCAAGGGACCAUGACAUCGUUCUUCAAGCUCAAGCCGGCGAGCAAGCCCCAAGCUACAGCCCAGCCUGAAGUGACGGAGCAACCAACCGCGGCAGUAAAGUCUGCAAGGGCAAAGCCACAAGAUCAGAAGCAGUCGCUGAUUCUUCUCGAAGAAGUCGACGUUCUUUAUGAAGAGGACAAGCAGUUCUGGGCGACCAUCGUGAGCUUGAUUGCUCAGUCCAAGAGGCCGUUUGUCAUGACUUGCACCGACGAGACAUUGGUGCCAUUCCACAACCUCGUCUUGUAUGGAAUUCUCCGAUUUACACCGCCACCCGAGGCCCUGGCAGUUGAUACCCUCCUCCUAGUCGCUGCCAACGAAGGCCAUGCUCUCCGUCGAGCAGCUGUGAGUGCGUUGUACGAAUCGAGGGGUUACGAUCUCCGGGCGUCCCUGACGGAACUCAACUAUUGGUGUCAGCUUGGAGUUGGCGACCGUCGCGGCGGCUUUGACUGGUUCUACCCAAGAUGGCCAAAGGGAUGCGACACGGACGAGAAUGGUGAUGUCGUACGGGUGGUCAGUGAAGGGACAUAUCUGGAGGGCAUGGGGUGGAUCAGCCGCGAUCCAGCAAUCGUCUCAAGCCCUCGCGCCGCUGAAGAAGAGUUGAUGAACCAAUGCUGGCAGGGUCUGGAAUUGGAUCUGGGCAACUGGCACGAGUCCCUCGAUAUGGUGUCAUGGGCAGACAAUGUAGCAACGUCCUCAGCUGGGGACAGAGUCGCGGCGCUGGAAGUGUUUUCCGAGUUCUCGGAUCUCAUGAGCGCGGCGGACCUCUGCUCUGGCGGCGAACUUGGGCUCAAAUUCCAGGAACCACUCGAUGCCACGCAACCAGAUAUUCCGAUCAAGGCGCGCGACGACUUCACAGUCGGUCGCCGUCUGCUGGAGGCUCCGCCUCUUACGACCUACACUUGCACAGCCAAGGCGUUGGCCACCAGUCUGAAAUCUGGAGCUCGACAGGUUCUUCGGACUGCGUCUCUCCUGAACAACAUUCCAGCCAAAUUGGACUACCUCCAGGAAGACAGCGCGAUCCGCCGAAUGAGGCAGUAUUUUGUCAAUCCCACCCGCGACGCGGUUAUCGACCGGUACGACAUGGCAUUUGCUUUUGACCCAAUCGCUGUCUCGGAGAAGGCGUUGGCUACAAUGGCCACCAGCCUUGAGCCGUCAGUCUUUGAUCGUACCAUGCGGAUGAUCACCCUCGAGGUGGCGCCUUAUGUCCGCGGCAUCAUCGGCUACGAUCACCGUCUGAUGCAGGACCGCAUGCAACGGGGCGGCCUGCUCAGCGAAGGGGGUAGGCCGGGUAAGCGAAUGCGAAGUACUCGCGCUGCGUACUCGGCCCUGGAAGGUGUUGCGCGGAGCAGCACGCGCAAUGAGAACUAUUUCUUGGCCGAGCUGAGCACGCCGCUGGUCAUGAGAACCGGAGGCGAAGGCUGGCAAGCGGCCGUGGACAAAGAAAUGAGCCUCAUGAUCCCGGCGUCGGGUCCGGCGUUAGGUCCGGCGUCAGGUCUUGUGAACGCAGUUGAAGAUGGCAAAGAAACGACGGCGCCAGUUACGAGCGCAGAAUAG